AUGGAUACGCAAACAGUGGACGUCGAUAACAUCAUCGACAGAUUGUUAGAAGUCAGAGGGUCCAAGCCUGGGCAACAGGUUGAUCUCGAAGAACAUGAGAUUAGGUAUCUCUGUUCGAAGGCAAGAUCGAUAUUUAUCAAGCAGCCUAUCCUACUGGAACUAGAAGCUCCUAUUAAAAUUUGUGGUGAUAUUCAUGGACAAUACUACGAUCUGCUACGUCUUUUCGAAUACGGUGGGUUCCCACCGGAAUCGAACUACCUUUUCCUAGGUGACUAUGUCGAUCGUGGUAAGCAGUCACUAGAGACUAUCUGUCUGCUAUUGGCUUAUAAAAUCAAGUACCCAGAGAACUUCUUCAUCUUGAGAGGUAACCACGAGUGUGCCUCGAUCAACAGAAUCUACGGGUUUUACGACGAGUGUAAGAGACGUUAUAACAUUAAGCUAUGGAAAACUUUCACGGACUGUUUCAACUGUUUGCCUAUUGCUGCCAUCAUCGACGAAAAGAUAUUCUGUAUGCACGGUGGGUUGUCGCCAGAUCUAAACAGUAUGGAACAGAUCAGAAGGGUCAUGAGACCAACCGAUAUCCCAGAUGUCGGGCUGUUGUGUGACCUGCUAUGGUCAGACCCAGACAAGGAUAUCGUUGGCUGGAGUGAAAACGACAGAGGUGUAUCCUUCACUUUUGGACCGGAUGUCGUAAAUAGAUUUCUACAGAAACAAGAUAUGGAGUUGAUCUGCAGGGCUCACCAAGUCGUCGAGGAUGGGUACGAGUUUUUCAGCAAAAGACAGUUGGUAACGCUAUUUAGUGCACCUAACUACUGUGGUGAGUUCGAUAAUGCCGGUGCUAUGAUGAGUGUGGAUGAAAGUUUGUUAUGUUCCUUCCAAAUCUUGAAGCCUGCACAGAAAAGUUUACCAAGACAACAGGGCGGUAGAAAGAAGAAAUAG